GUGUGUGUAUGUGCAUGUGUGUGUUUUUGUGCCUUUUUUUGUUGUGUGUGUGUGUAUAUGUGUGUUUUGUGUGUGCUUGUGUGCAUGUGUGUUUUUGCACGUGUGUAUAUGUGUGUUUUGUUUAUGUGUGUUUUGUGUGAGCGUGUGUGCAUGUGUGUGUUUUUUUGCAUGUGUGUAUUUAUGCGCAUGUGUGUGCAUGUGUGUGUUUUUGAGCAUUUGCAUGUGUUUUGUGUGUGUGGGUGUGUGUGCGUACAUGUAUGUGUUUUUGUGUUUUUGUGUGUGUGUGUGCAUGGAUGUGUUUUUGUGUUUGUGUGUGUGUGUUUGUGUGGGUGUGUGGAUACGUCUAUGUGUUUGUGUGCAUGUGUGUGUGUGUUUGUGUGUGUGUGUGUACAUGUAUGUGUUUUUGUGUUUGUGUGUUUGUGUGGGGGGGUGUGUGUGCAUAUGUCUAUGUGUUUGUGUGCGCGUGUGUGUGUGUGUUUUUGUGUAUGUGUACAUGUAUGUGUUUUUGUGAUUGUGUGUGGGUGUGUGUGCAUAUGUCUGUGUGCUUGUGUGUGUGUUCGUGUGCAUGUGUGUGUAUGUGUUUGUGUGUGUGUGUGUGUGUGUGUGUGUGUGUGUGUGUUUGUGUGCGUGGGUGUGUGUGUGUGCGUGUGUGUGUGUGUGUGUUUGUGUGCAUGUGUGUUUCAGGUGUUCUGGGCCAGGCUGGAUGGAGUGUGGCUCACAGCCCUGGGACAGUCUGUGCAUUACAGGGAGCUUCAGUGGUCUUGCCCUGCACCUACACAUAUCCAAGUCCUUAUCAAGUCAUGAAAACUAUCUGGUUCAGAGUUAUCAAAAACCAAGAGACGAACCUGGAAUUGCUUUCUGAGUACAGCGGUCAUUGGACUUACAUUGGAAAUCGGAUGAAUAACUGCUCCCUUAGAAUCACUGAUCUGAAAAAUAGUUAUGCAUUAGAAUAUCGCUUCCGAUUUGAGACAGACAUUUCAGGGGGGAGAUUCACUGGUAAACCAGGAGUGCAACUGUUAGUCACAGAUCUACGGGUGAUGGUGAAUCCUGACACAGUGACAGACGGACAGAGUGUGAUACUGACCUGUAACACCACCUGCACUCUGACUGGCAGCCCAGCCUUCAUCUGGUACAGGGACGGAUCUCCUCUGUCCUUCACCAGUCAGGAACACCAGUUCACAGCCAGCAGGGAAGACCGUGGCAGCUACACCUGUGCUGUGAAAGGCUAUGAGCUUCUUCCUUCCUCACCAGUGAUUCUUAGCGUGACAUAUGGCCCAAAGGACACUUCCCUAUCAGUGAGCCCCUCUGGUGAAAUAGUGGAGGGCAGUUCAGUGACUCUGACCUGCAGCAGCGAUGCCAACCCACCAGUGCAGAGAUACACCUGGUUUAAGAAUAAUAGAGCUGUAGCUUCAUGGACAGGAUCAGGAUUGAAUCACACCAUCACUAAAAUCCUCUCUGAGGACAGUGGACAGUACUACUGUGAGGCACGAAACCAAAAUGGAGCUGAGAAUUCUGCUGCUGUGACCAUAGAUGUCCAGUAUCCUCCCAGGAACACCUCAGUAUCAGUGAGCCCCUCUGGUGAAAUAAUGGCGGGCAGUUCAGUGACUCUGACCUGCAGCAGUGAUGCCAACCCACCAGUGCAGAGAUACACCUGGUUUAAGAAUAAUAGAGCUGUAGCUUCAUGGACAGGAUCAGGACUGAAUCACACCAUCACUAAAAUCCUCUCUGAGGACAGUGGACAGUACUACUGUGAGACACAGAACCAACGUGGAACUCAAAAUUCUUCUGCUGUGACCAUAGAUGUCCAGUAUGCUCCAAAGAACACCUCAAUAUCAGUGAGCCCCUCUGGUGAAAUAAUGGCGGGCAGUUCAGUGACUCUGACCUGCAGCAGUGAUGCCAACCCACCAGUGCAGAGAUACACCUGGUUUAAGAAUAAUAGAGCUGUAGCUUCAUGGACAGGAUCAGGAUUGAAUCACACCAUCACUAACAUCGUCUCUGAGGACAGUGGACAGUACUACUGUGAGACACGGAACCAACAUGGAACUCAAAAUUCUUCUGCUGCCGUGACCGUAGAUGUCCAGUUCGCUCCGAAGGACACCUCAGUGUCAGUGAGCCCCUCUGGUGAAAUAGUGGAGGGCAGGUCAGUGAAUCUUACCUGCAGCAGUGAUGCCAACCCAUCAGUGCAGAACUACACCUGGUAUAAGAAGAAUGAAACUGGAGUCUGGCAGGCAGGAUCUGCACCGAAUUUGAACUUUCCUAACUUUAGAUCCUGGAACAGAGGACAGUACUACUGUGAGGCACAGAACAGACAUGGAGCUCAGAACUCUACAGGUUUGACUGUCAGCUAUGCUGCUGUGGCUAAUUAUAAACACGAUUUAGCAUAUAUCAUUACUGGAACAUGUGCCCUGGCUGCUCUUCUGAUUGUUAUUGUGUUGGCUGUGUGCAGGAGGUGCCACUCAGUGAAGGAGGCUAAAUUAAAUACAGAGAUCCUCCAGGACGCCGCUUGUGCUGUGUACGCCAACGUGCCCGGGAGGACCGCCAGCACAGCGCCGCCGGGGAAGACAGUCCCGGGGACAGUGGAGGCUGAACAUUCAAACGCUCAGCGACCGCACUCCCAGGACCAGGAAGAGGUGCAGUACGCCUCCGUUCAGAAACCAGCCCCCCCGGGUGAGGAAGACGUCCAGUACGCCAGCAUCCGGUUCUCACGCUCCGGUGCUGCCCCCAGAUCAACUGUGCCAACUUCCGAGGCUGUGAUCUACAGCACAGUUGCUAAAGGAAACACUUAAAUAUGAGAGCAACUUUGGAGAUGCGAGUCAUAUUGGAACAGCGGAGAUAUUUUCCUUCAUGAGAGUGAUGGACACGGCAACGAACCGUAGAAGUCUUCACGCUGAAUCUGAGACACAAAGAGGACUCUGUACGGAAGAUGAGAUUCAUGUUCAUAUUUAGUUAGCAACAUUAGCAUUGCACUGUCUGUACUUUAAAUGAAAAAUGGAAUACUUCAUGUUUUAACCAAUCAGCGUCUUGAUUAAUUUGUUCGUUACCUGUGUCAUAUAUGACUGCGCUAGAACAGAAGUCUGCUCCCACAUGCCCGUUCUCCAAUAAGGUUGGACUCCCUUCUGCAAACUGAAUUACUGUUUUAGAUGAUUUAAGGUGCCACAACAUGUUGAUUGCUUAAUAUUUGGUUUCAAAAGCCCUCUAUCAACCUCACAGAGCAUGAACAGCACCUAAUUACCAAGAAAUAACUGCUUGUUAAAAUUUGGGGA